GUUUUACUCUAGCCCGUGCCCUUUAAUUCCUCAUCGAUCCCGUCCGUCCGUCUGUGUGUGUGUUUGUGUCAGAGAGCGAGCGAGCGAGCGAGCGAGAGUGUGUGUAAAGUUUCACUUCCAUCCGAGGUGACGCUCAGCUGGCAAGGAAACCGUGCCACGAAGCCCUCCCAAAAGUCCCGCCGGCUUCUCCACAUGGCGGGACGCUAGGUCGCCGGGGUGAGCAUGCGGCACUGGGCCGGUGUGUCCAGCUGGUGGCGCCGCUGAGCGAGCCAUGGACGAGUUUAGCGGCAGGACGUACGGCACCAGCGGCCUGGACAACAGACCUCUGUUUGGGGAGACGUCAGCACGGGAUCGCAUCAUCAACUUGGCAGUGGGAGGAUUUACGUCCCUGGUUGUGCUGGUGACCGUCGUCAGCUCUUUUGUUUUCCCGUCGUUGCCUCCGCGGCCGCUCAACGUUUUCUUUGCCGUUUGCAUCCUGCUUGCCUGCGGAUCCACCAUUUUGCUGAUCUUCUGGUACCGCCAAGGCGACCUGGAGCCCAAAUUCCGCAACCUGAUCUACUACAAGCUGGCGUCCAUUGUGUUGCUGUGUCUUUGUGCCAACCUCUACUUCCACGACGUGAGGUGAGAGCCGGCAGCUGGAUGGGACGGGACGGGACGGAACGGACCCCCUCUCCCUCCCCCCCCCCCGAUGGUGGCGAAUGAACACGUUUACACGCCGCACAACACGCAAGGAAAGCUCCACUCAAAACGUCGUCCUCACGUCACUUUGUGUUUUAUGAAGGUCUGGCACACAUGUGCACAACAUUCCGGUCAGCAAGCCCUUUAACGCCAUGGCUUUCUUUUUCACGGAUUAUUGUAACCGUGGCAACAAAACUGGCUCAGCAUUUUUUGCUCGCCAUCAAGUUGAAGGCGAUGUAGCACACUGGUACCGUGACUGCGGACCUCUCAAGUUGCGCCAAAAUGCCAAUUUGUAGUUUUGCCUCACUAUCAGUACGCUAGUGUGCAGAGAGGCCACAAACUAGUUUGCACGCCAGUCGUGUUGAGGACAAAGCAUGGACUAGUGCACAGACUUUGCGAUGGCUCCCAAUCAAUUUCCAAAGCGAAGCACGCGGCCGGUGGGCACCAGCCAUGAUUUUUUUUUUGUACGCCAAACAUCAGGUUUUCCGCGCGUAGCGUAGCAGGCCGACCUCGGCACUUCGGAGCGCAAAGGAGCUAACGCUCCCUGCUGUGCUUCGCCUGCUCCCACCAAAAAACCACAAAGGAUUUUCUCACACGUGACACUUUUAACGCUUUCCUCGUUCCCACGAGGGCAAACAAGCGACAAGUUGGAGCUCACCGCGACUUUCAGAUUGUCAAAGCCAUGUUUUUCUGUUGUUUUUAUUGACUAUUUGACACAAUAAAUACAAGUAACCUGAA